CGCGUCGCCGCCACACGCCCAGGAUGGCGACGGCGUGCCACCACGGCAUGCCGCUGCGCGACUGCAACCUGUUGAUCAGGACCCUGGCGAGGCGCGGCAGCUUCGCCCGUGUCAUGGCGGUGUACUACGACCUCCGCGGGCGCGGCCUCGUGGCCGAUAGCUUCACCUACCCGUUCGUGCUCAGGGCCAUCGGGGUGCUCAAGCUAUCGGUGGAAGGACGGAAGGCGCAUGCAGCGGCCAUGAAGACCGGUUUCUGGUGGGACGCCUACACCGCGAGCUCGCUGAUGGACAUGUACACGUUGCUGGGCCGCGCGGAUGUCGCGCGGAAGUUGUUCGACGAAAUGCCGCACAGAGCACUGGUUGUGUGGAAUAUGAUGAUCAGGUGCUAUGUUAGGUGCGGCCGAUACACUGCAGCAAUUGCUUUGGCUGAGGAGAUGGAGAGAAGCGGUCUCACACCCGAUAAGGUGACGUUGGUGACCUCAGUGACCGUAUGCUCCAGAGCUGGUGACCUGAGCUUAGGAAGGAGGAUUCAUGCCUACAUGGAUGGGGUCUUUGGGUUUAGUCUCCCAGUUGCAAAUGCACUGCUGGAUAUGUACAUGAAGAAUGGUUGCUUGGAAGAAGCGGUGAAAUUGUUCGAACAAAUGCCGUCGAGGAACAUCAUUUCUUGGACAAUACUUGUGUCAGGAUAUGCCUUUGCCGGGCAGCUGGACAAGGCGAGAGUACUCUUCUACCAGUGCUCAGAGAAGGAUCUUAUUAUGUGGACUGCAAUGAUCAAUGCAUGUGUGCAGCAUGGAUGCUUCGAGGAGGCAUUGUCGUUGUUCCGGGAGAUGCAGAUGCAACGAGUUGAGCCAGACAGGUUCACCAUUGUCACUCUCCUGACAUGCUGUGCCAAUCUUGGUGCUCUUGAUCAAGGUGAAUGGAUCCACCAGUUUGCUGUAGAUAGGAAGAUGAAGGUUGAUGCAGUUCUUGGCACGGCACUGAUUGACAUGUAUGCCAAGUGUGGGCAUGUCAAAAAGUCAAUGGAGGUCUUUGAACAGAUGCAAGGCAGAGACACCACGGCCUGGACUUCCAUUAUCUGCGGUCUGGCCACAAAUGGUCAGGCAGGUAGAGCUCUCGAAUUGUUUGAGGAUAUGGAGAGAAGUAAAGUUAAGCCUGACAGCAUUACCUUCAUUGGGGUGCUGAGUGCAUGUUGCCAUGGUGGCUUGGUUGAUGAAGGGCGGAAACAGUUUCAUGCAAUGAAGGACGUUUAUCGGAUACCACCAAGAAUUGAACAUUAUAGCUGUCUUGUGAAUCUUCUUGGUCGUGCUGGUCUACUAGAUGAAGCCGAGAAGUUGAUCAGGGACAUACAAAUUAACAAGGACGCUAUGCCACUGUUUGGUGCACUCCUCACUGCUUGCAAGGCUCAAGGCAAUGUAGAGAUGAGCGAACGGCUGACCAAACGAAUAGGUGAGCAAGGUUACCAAAUUCCUGAUGUGAAUUUGCUCAUGUCUAAUGUGUAUGCAACAGCCAGUCGAUGGGAGGAUGCAAUAAGAGUAAGAAGCAAGAUGGCACACCCCACUAUCAAGAAAACUGCAGGGUGCAGCUUGAUCGAGGUGAAGGGACACUGAAGAUGGCAGUUUAGCACUGUUCAAAAAUAUCCAUUGACCACACUGAUUUAACGAAAAACCAUGAUCGAUUUUCUUACGGGAACCCAGUUCACUAGCAACUAAAAAGGGUGUUCGAAAUCCCACCUGGUUUUAACCUUGCAGAAUCCUUAACCAAAAUCUUCAGAACAUACAGACAUUCAGGUGCACAAUAUUCUGCAGUUAGUUAAUUUGAUCCUUAAAUAAGGAUCACUUAGUUUCAGGUAGUCCAUUGCAGGUAGGGGUGCAACUUGGUGACCCUUAGGGUACCCUUUGACCCUCCUUAGUUCAAACAAAUGAACUAGUUUUUCAAAAAGUUGUGUUAUUUUAAAAUUUUAGUUCAUUUGGUUAAACUAAGGAGGGUCAAUGGGUACCCUGAAGGUCAGAAACUUGCAGCUCUAAUUGCAGGAACUGAUCACAGGUAUGGUUCAUGUCUUCUAUUUUAUUCUUCUCUGAAAACUUGGUCGCUAGUUUGAUGGUUCAUCAUCCUAUUUGUUUUGUUUGUUGAGCAACUGAAUCCUCAUUUACCCAAGUAUCCAUCAGAUAUGGCAAUGGAUAGAAAUUAUUGCACGAAACUCAAUCAAACAUUAGCAAAUUAGUGAAAAAGUGCAUCACAUGUUCUCCACAUGAACUAAUACACCAUAGUUUUUAUAUUUCACUGCAACAAACAAAACACUCGCACAUCGCAAUGUUUAAUUGUCCAUGAAAAUUAUAGCAGCAAAUAAGAAUUAUAUAGGUUUGAAGAUUUAUGUACAUACUAACACUAAAACGAUGUAGUAUAUCAUAUUUUUAUUUAGUUAUUUGGGUAUCCAUGGAUCUAUGGAGUAGGAGUGAUACCCAUGCCUGCCUCUUGAGUUCGCAGGUACCCAUCCGCGAGUAUCCACGGAGCAAGAUUGCACUCCAUGGACGAAUUAUCCAUGGGUACUCAGCUUCAUAGAUAACAGAGUUAAAGGACCAAAAAUCUGACACUUUCUGUUCUACAAAUGUAGCACUUCAGCUCGAACUCAUCAACACUCGUCGGAACUUCUCUUUGACUGCAAGUGACAAGAUGUCUCAAGGCAUUAUUUGGAUUCGUUGAAUUUAGUUUAACCAGAGUUCAGUUUGCCAGCACAGCAGCCUUCUCAUAGAGGUUGACAGCGAGAAGAUAGCAGGCAAAGGCUUCACCGAGGUUCCGUUCGUUCCGCUAGAGCUCUUCGAUGUGUGGUUCUCUGAGAGCUCCGGCUCCAUGUAGAACCGUGCCCGGAAUGCAGCCAAAUGCGCAUAGUAUGCAGGAGGGACUGUUGGAGCAGAAAAGAUCAAAGAGAGGCUCAGACUUGCAAACAAUUUAUGAAAAAUAAGAAGCCGGAUAAUGUUUCAGUCAGUGAAGAAAUAACAUACCGACAGAAACAGAGCGUGUGCACCGUGCGUACCUGCAAAAUCAGCAUAGACACCAGCUCAGAAUAUAUUCUGAAAAGAUGAAGUGCGAAGAGAAAAGACAAGCAUAACACAAAGCAGUCAUGACGUACGUGUAGCAAAGGUUGUUUGUCAACGUCUGCAUCUCGUCUGCUGAGAAAUUGUUCUCAUCCCAGAGGACAUGGUAGUGAGCUGGCCUACUUGUUCCCUGCCCAAGUCACACAUCAGUCAUUUCAGGAAUCACAAGUCCACAACAAGGUAGAGAAUCUAGGAUUAUAUUCCCAUGCUUCUAGUACAACACUUUACAGAUACAGUGACAUCUUGUUGAAAAGUUGUAAGAGAUUUUUAUGUGUUUGUACAAUCACAUGAUUUAAAACUUAGCAAAGCAUCAGUUAGUUUAUUC